GUUUAUUCCAUUCUUUCUCUUUUUUGUGGGGUAGGCACUUGCAAAGCAGAGAAAGACAUGGUAAAUAAUGGAAGGAGGUAUUGAAUGAAUAUGGAAAUAAAGGUUUGUGUGGCCUCAGAUUAAAGAGUCCUUUGUUAGCUUACUGGGUCCUUGGUUUCUGUUUUCAGAAACGUAAAGUUGACAAGAUGGUGAGAGGGAAGAUUGAGGUGAAAAGAAUCGAAAAUGCGACAAGCAGGCAGGUAACCUUUUCGAAACGUCGAAACGGGCUGCUGAAGAAGGCUUUUGAGCUUUCGGUUCUUUGCGAUGCCGAAGUUGCAGUCAUCAUCUUUUCUCCGAAGGGCAGGCUCUAUGAGUUUUCUAGCUCUGACAUACAAAAGACUAUAAAAAAAUACCAUAAACAUGCAAAAGGUGCGCUAACCAACACUACUGAAGUGGAACAGUAUAUGCAGCAAUUGAAGGAUGAAUCAGCUGACAUGGCCAAGAAGAUCGAGACCCUAGAAGCUUCUCAACGGUUUAUGACUUACUUUGAUCUUCAUCUCAUGAGGCUUUUGGGACAUGACUUGGAUCCUUGCUCUUCUGAAGAAGUCAAUCAGAUGAGUAGCCAGCUCGAGCGAAGCUUGCGCAUUGUACGAGAGAGAAAGGAUCAGCUAUUCACGGAGCAGAUACUAAAAGCAAAGGAGAGGCUCCUCUUAGAAGAGAAUGCAAAACUACACACAGAGUGUGGUGCAAGGCCUUGUCAGAAACCUUUAGUUCAAGAAAAAGGAGUUGGGGCAGCAAGUUAUAACUGGAUGGAUAGUAGUCAAAGUAGCAGCAGCCAAACAAUUAAUAAUUCAGAUCAGGUAGAGACUAGAUUGUUCAUCGGACCGCCAGUGAUGCGCUGUGAAUAAUAUAUAGCACAGUUGUGUUACGUACGUUCUGAAAGCCAACACCACCAUCUCGGCUGAUAUUGGACAUGUGCAAGGAAAUAAAUAAUAUUGCUCUGUCUUCGAGCAAAUCCUAUUUGAUAUAUAUGUAUUUGACUGAUGUAGAAGACCAGAAGUCCUGCCAGUUGCAUGUAUCUGAUUAAUGUUAGUGUAUAUCCAAGACUUUUACAUUUCAAAACUAUUCUGAAAUCUAAAUGCAAUAUUGAUGAAGGUUUAGUCAA